AUGGAGAGCUGCUCUUGAACGGCACAGCGCGUUUCACCUUCCAGACAGGGGGAGCGCAAGGCGAGGGAUGGAAAUGUCUUGCGAUGCCGGCUGACUGAUAGGCUAUCAAUGAUUAGAAUAGCUCAAAUAAAGGCUGAUUAGUGGAGGGGGGAAAAAAACAACAACAACCCAAAAACAAAACCCCAACCGUGUGUGCUGGAGGAGAGGGAUCCCAGAGGCGGACGCUCCUAACAGGUCCGGAGCGCACUUUUCUUUUCUGCCCCUGUCUUCGGCUCAGCAGAAGCGAUCGCAGGUCAAUCAUGUGGGCUGGAGCGCAUCAACAUAUUCACACAAGAGCGGCUUGAUGCGGUGCACGAGUUUGUUUCAGAUCUCAAAGGUUCGACAUUUGGGAAACCUCCUCUGACAACCUUCUACAUCUCUUGCUAUCUCACAGAGUAAAGACAUCCCUCUGGUCUUCACACUGUACACACUCGGUGGCGUGGGGGGAGCCACGGUGUCUUCAUCCUGACAGGCCCCAGACCAGUAUGCAGUUAGAGUGAUCAGGAUGGACGACUCUAGUUUGUGCCUUGGUGUGUCCUCAGCAGUCCCAGAUGCUGACACCCAUAUCACCAGUGCCAUGCUUAAUGGCCGCUACCCAAUCAGUCAGAAGCUGCAUCAGCUAACUGCCCAACUUGGUCACGCCUUUCCUGAUCUUCCAAGCCGCCAACAAAUCCCAGAGGAAAAAGCUGCCACCCCAUUGGAUGAGAAAACACAUGCUGCACUGGCAAGUCAGCCGAUUAGCAGCCAGAUGGCUCUGCUAGCCAAUCAACUCAACCGUAACAUGGAUGCAGGUGCCCUAGGUGGUCUCAAUGGCCGUGUUGACCUGCAGCAAUUCCUCAAUGGGCAAAAUUUGGGAAUCAUGUCUCAGAUGAAUGAUAUAGAAGAUGAUGCCCGCAAGAAUCGCAAGUAUCCAUGCCCACUGUGUGGAAAACGAUUCCGCUUCAACAGCAUCCUUUCCCUGCAUAUGCGCACCCACACUGGUGAGAAGCCCUUCAAGUGUCCCUACUGUGAUCACCGAGCAGCCCAGAAAGGCAACCUCAAGAUUCACCUCCGUACCCACAAGUUGGGUAGUCUGGGGAAGGGUCGUGGUCGUGUACGCGAAGAAAACCGACUUCUUCAUGAGCUUGAAGAGCGUGCCAUUCUUCGUGAUAAGCAAAUGAGAAACAGCUUGUUGCAGCCUUCACAAUCGCUUCCACCCCACCUGGGUCUGCAGAACCAAAACCAGCAGCAGCCCAGCUCUGCAUGUGGCCUCCUAACACCUACAAGUCUGGGAGGCAUAUCGGAUGGGCUUGCACAGUCAUCUGCCUCACCUAAGCCAGCAGGCACUAACCAACAAGAUGAGCAAGCACUUAACCCAGCCAUAGGCUUCCGCUGUACCUUUUGCAAAGGCAAGUUCAAAAAGCGUGAGGAGCUGGACCGUCAUAUCCGCAUCCUUCAUAAACCCUACAAGUGCACACUCUGUGAGUUUGCUGCUUCCCAAGAAGAAGACCUCAUCAGCCACGUGGAGAAGGCACACAUCACCGCUGAGUCAUGCCAAGGGCAGGGUGCAGGAGCUGGCAGUGGAGAGAAGCCUGCCAAUGAGUUUCGAUGUGAUGUCUGUGGCCAGAUCUUCAGCCAGGCUUGGUUCCUGAAGGGUCACAUGCGCAAGCACAAGGACUCCUUUGAGCACUGUUGUCAGAUCUGUGGGCGUCGCUUCAAGGAGCCCUGGUUCCUAAAAAAUCAUAUGAAAGUGCAUCUCAACAAGCUUGCCAUUAAGAGUAAGCCUCCAAUUGGAGGUGGAGCUGAGCAAGAUGGGCCCUCUGUCAACAGUAUAAGCAGCUUAGCACAAGAAGCUCAUGCCAACCUGUAUUCCCGUUACAUCUCCUGUCUGCAAGGUGGUUUCCUCAGUCCUGAAAAGCAGAGUUUGGCUGAACAUCAACACCAAAUGUUGGCCAAAGCUGGCAUAGCUAUGAAAGAGAAAGAAAUGCUGGGAAAGCUGCUGGGACCAAUGGCCGGCAUGAGUCAUGGUCUGGGGGAGAAUGAGAAGCGCUCACUGUUAGGUUGCUUGAACCUGGUGCCUCCUCUAAAGUCAAGUUGUAUGGAGCGCUUACAGGCAGCAGCAAAGGUGGCAGAAAUGGAUCCGCUUAAUAGUUACCAGGCAUGGCAGAUCAUGGCACGCAGCAUGGCUAUGGAGCGUUCUUUUAUGCCAAAAGAUCAGCACCAUGGAGCUCCUGUGCAAGAGGAAGAAAUGGCUAGUGCCGCUGGGAUAGUGGCCUUUGGGAAGGACAAGCAUGAGCACUCUACUCUUGAUUCCAGUGAUGGCCCCAAGCAGAAGAACCACCUUGAUACCCUCCAUGGGGUAAGGACUGGUGGAAGCAUAAUGUCCAUGAAAGAAGAAGCUGGGAACUUUGAUGGUCACCGUGAGUUCCUGUCUCAUCACAGUGGUCUUGGCCUUGGCCAGGGGCUUGAGUAUAGCCUGGCCAGCAUGAAAGAGAAGCCCAGUGAGUGCCCUGACUGUGGUAGAGUAUUCAGAACCUACCACCAAAUGGUGGUCCACUCUCGGGUGCAUAACAGGGACCGGCGCCCAGAAGAGGGUCUGCAGCAUGGCCUAGAUGAGAGGCGUGGCUCCGCCAGUGACCCUGAGUCUCAGUCCAUUAGCCGUUCCACUACCCCAGGCUCAUCUAAUGUGACAGAGGAGAGUGGGGCCGGAGGAGGCCACUCCCAGACCGGAAGUGUGCAGGAUGACAGCCCUCAUCCUUCUUCCCCUUCCUCAGAUGUUGGGGAUGAGAUGGCGAAGGCACCAGGAGCAGUUCCUCCUCCUGCUACCCCGCACCGAGAGAGGAGUGUGGGAUCCGCCAUGAAAGACUGCCCCUACUGUGGCAAGUCCUUCCGCACUUCCCAUCAUCUGAAGGUCCACCUGAGAAUACAUACGGGUGAGAAGCCUUACAGAUGCCCUCAUUGUGACUAUGCUGGCACUCAGUCUGCUUCCCUGAAGUACCACCUUGAGCGUCACCACCGUGAGCGUCAGAAUGGCAAUGCCUCCUCUGCCAACCACCCUCCAUCCUCCGAGCACAAAGAUGACCACAGCAAGACCAACAGUGGCAGCGGCAUCUUUGCACGGCCUGAUGUUCUACGUGGGGUCUUCAAAGGGAUGAUGCCCUCCAGCCUUGAUUUUAGAGGAGGCCAGAUGCUUACACAGUGGGCCACUCCUGCUAUGGUCUCUCCCAGAGAGAGAGAUCGUGAGAGAGAACGAGACCGCCAUGGACUAGGGGCAGAGCCCAGCUCUGAGAGCAUGAAGACCCCUGAAGGUCCAGCCACUGGGGGGGAAAGCCCAGCCAGUUUUUCAGACCUGGGAAGGGCUUACCAGAGUAUGAUGGGGAAUGGAGUCAAUUUUCAGGGCUCUCUCCAGGCCUUCAUGGAUAGUUUUGUGCCGAACUCCAUGAAGAAGGAGAAGGAAAUACGAGAGAACCAGGUACAUGGGCAGCACUUUGGCUUGGAGGGCACAGAGCACAAGAUCAAGAGGGCCAGUGAUGCCAACCAGGAAGAAAACCCUUCUGAGACCAAGCCAACUGAAGGCAUCCGCUCCCAGUAUGAGCCUCUGGAUCUGUCAGUUAGGCCUGAUGCAGGAACUCUACCUGGGGCAUCUAUCACCAUCCAUGACAAUGUAGCCUGGCAUGGAUGUCUGUUCUGUUCUUUUACCACUGCCUCUGUGGAGUUGAUGGCUCUUCACCUGCAAGCCAACCACAUGGGUAAAACCAAAUCAGGCCAAGGCAAAGAAGUUAAAGAACACCUACUGGGUGAAUCUUCCCACACUGGCAGCUCUGGUCUGGCACCUCCUCCAGGCCUUCUCCACCUGCAUGAGGGCCUGAAAGAGCGAGAGGCUGAAUCUGGAGACUUGAAGAACCAAGUUGGAUGGUCCAACCACCUAGAGCCAAGCCCUCAUGGAGCCUCUAUGGGAACAUUCGCAAGCGACUUUUACAAGCCCUUUAGCCCCAUGUAUGAUGGCUCAUCCAGGGGUCCUGCUGGAUUCUUGGACCAGCAAGAAAAUCCAGCCGGUCAAGUGGGUGGUCAGGAUGAGCUCUCUGACAAGGCAUCCUGUGUUGAAAUGGAGGCAUGUGAGGAGCGGGAAGGUCAGUCAGAAGAUGAUGAAGCAGGUAAUGAAGACCAGUCAUCCAAUCCUGCUUCUGCAGAGCACCAGCUGCGCUCUGAUGAUGAAGAGCCAGAAGCAGAGGAGGAAGAAGAUAUGGAGGUGAGAGACAUGGAAGAUGAAGAUCAUGGGACCAUUAGAAUGCAUCCUGACUCCCCCUUAUCUAGGAAGGAUGCUCAGAGAGCAAAGAUACCCAUGAGUGCCCAGGCACGUGGUCCAUCUCCACCCCAGCCACCCACCCUCGAAAAGCAAUGGCAGCAACAGCAGCAGCAGCCAGGUCUGAGUCUCAUUUCUCCAGCCAAUGGUCCCCCAGGCCUGCUGAAGCCUGAGCAGGCUCACCUGGAGCACCAGAUGAACAUGCUGUCAGUCCUACGGGCCUACAGUUCUGAGAGUCUAGCAGCAUUCAACGGAGGCCUGUCCAGCAGCUCCAAUGGAGGAGGUGGUGGAAGCAGCUCCAGCAUGAAGAGAACUGACCCCUCUGAUAUUGAGACAUGUAGUUGGGCGCCUUGACUGUCACUUUGAAAGAGAGAGGAAGAGAAAGAGAGAAAGCCCCUCCUUUUCAGGUCCGUGUUGUACUUGACAUUCUGUCGAAGCGGUUUCACCCAAACGCCGACUGCGUUUGAUCCUCUCUUUAGGCUGCCAGGCUUUGAGCAGAGAGCCGCUGUUUGCUCAGGAAUGCACGGCCCUACAGAAGCUGUGUUUCUCCUUCUGUGCUCAAAUGCGUGGCUGCAUGCAUGUGUGUGUGUGUGUGUGUGUGUGAGAGAGAGAGAAGACCUGAGCCCAGUUCCCCAGUUCUUGCUCCUGCCCGUCUGUUCUAACCUCACCAUGAACCAGAUGCUCCAUCCUAACCCUUUUCACACUGAUACAAAGCCUACACGUGAGACUGAACCUCAUUUAACAGCUUAUUUAUAAGCCUGCAAUUCAUUUUUAAGCCAUAUAUAUUGUUUUAUGCACUUAAUAUUGAAAAAGAUGACGGCUGCAACAUGGAAAAUUUAUUUCAGAGCUUUUCUCACCGAACUUCAUCAAACAUUUUUGAAAGGUUAAGUACAUAUCAUGGGCUUUUAAAAAAAACUAAGGGUUUUCUCUCACUUUUGUAAAAAAGAUGAAACCACAGGAGUCAAACAGUUGUCCUUCCAUCUCCAUUCUCUCCUCUUUGUCCCCUCCUCUUUUCUCUUUUUUAUUCCUGCUGUUCGCUAUUAAUUUAUCGAUCAUCAGGCUGCCUGGUUAUCUUUGCAUGCCGGGCAGUUAUAGAUGAAUGCACAAAGCCCUUCCAUCUGAACAAGAGAUCAUUGUGUACGACGGAUCCUCCCACGUUCAUUGGCAGAAGGGGGAGGUGAAUGUGGGGAUUCAGACAAACUCUGCCAUUUCCUGUCAUCCCUAAGCUCAGACCUUCAAGUAGAUAUGAAAACAAAUGUGGGAGUGUUACCGAUAACAUAAAAAUAUUAGCCCGCUGCUGUUGUUGACCACGCUAGUACCUUGGAGAAUAGCUAUUACUGUGAGAGGAAGGCAGCAUGAUCGAGUGGGUUUCACUCCAGAGAAAAUGAUGCUGGGAAAUAGAGAACGGAGUUAAGGCUGUACUGAGGCAUCAAACCACAUCAUUGGGUCAUGGCAUAAAACUUUUUAGGUUUAUGAAAUGUAAUUGCUGAGUAAAUGUUUUCGCUCUGAUGU